GAAAUUGAAGAACUUGAAGAAAAAAUUCAAGUUUUAAAAAAUAUUUUAAAAAUUUUAUUUUCCUUUAUAAAAUCACAAAAUUGUAUUUAUAUGGAAAAACUCAUCCAAGUUAACGAUUUAGUUGAAACAGCAAGCGAUAUGCAAGAAAAACGAAAGAGUGCUGUACUAAAGUAUACACCGAUAAAUUGUACACCGUAUGAAAGUGUUACCAGUCAAGAACAAAUGGAAAACGAGAAUUCAAGCGAUGAUGUCUUAAGCCAUGCAUCUAAGUUACUUGACAAAAGCGACCGAAUUUGUCUUGUGAUUGAGAAGAUUUUUAAAAAACUUACCGAUAUUAUAAUACAGCUUCGCGAACGAUGGCCUUCAGAAUAUAAGGAUUUUAAGAUUCACUUUUUAGGGACUGAAAUAGCGGCCUUGUUACUGUAUUGUAUUGAUUCUUUUUUAAUGCAUCCGAAACCUUUUCAACAGACUCUUACUUUCUAUUUUACGUCUCUCUUAAUACAAUUCCGUGAUGCUUGCGUUCCUUUGGAAUCAAAAGAAUUACGGGUCGUUUGGCAUCAUAUUAUUACAGAACGAAUUCUUAAUGAUAUUAAACAAACCCUGGAACAUUUUAAGAUCACUGCCGAAAAACAAGACACCGAACCACUUGAUUGCGUGUUUCAAUGGAUUUAUGCGGUUCCGUUAUGUCGAGUCAUUGAACUUUUACAAAGACAUUUAUUUCCUAAAUGGUUGAAUUUUCUUUCAGAUUGGUUGAAUUGUGCGCAUGUUGAUUUGGAAAGAAUUUAUAAUUGGUACACUACAUGGAAGAAAUGCUUUCCAAAGUCACUUUUAAAUGAACCUCUUGUUCAAACAUUUUUUAUAUCGGGACUCGAGCUCAUUAAUCAUUAUUUAGAAAAGUUAAGUGAAAACACUGAUAUGGAGUUAUUGGAAAAUGACACAACAAAAAUGGAUUAUGGUGUAAACAAUAACCAAACUAAUAAUACGCAUGAAACGCAACAACGGACGAAUAAAAGAAAACCCCUUCCUUAUGAAAUACAUAAUUCGUUCGAUUCACCGUCACACUCUAGCACGCAAUACAUAAUAAGGAACAACAUUAGUGAAGAGUCCACGACUCCGAAUGUGUCUGUUAAACGUCCAAGCAAGCUUUCAGAAACUAAGGUUGCCACUUCAGAUUCUCGCUUUGUUCUCGCUUCACGCCUUGUUGAAAUUAUAGAAGGUUUAGCUGAAGACAAUGGUAUUCUAUUUGUUCCAAAGCCCGCACGUAUGUAUAACGGAAGACAAAUUUACGGAUUUGGUAAGUUAUCCAUCUAUAUUGAUUCUGGUGUUAUAUACAAAUACAACGGUAAUAAUUCUUCUUGGUCUUCUAUACCCCUCUCUGCCUUAUUGGAUCAUCCAAAAUAAACACUGUUUCUUUUCGACACUCACCGCAGCAUACGAUUGAAUGUGAACCUUACAUGCAUAAUGCAGUGUUUAGUGUUCAGCACUAACAAACAAAAACUCAAAUCAAGGUGAUACACGCCAAUCCCGCGCACCCAUUCAUCUAUUCUGUUACACACAACCCCACUGUUUAAUUUAUGGACCUAACUUGUUUUUGAACGUGCUACAUUCUACCCCAAAGUCGUCUUUUAUUCUAAACAAAAUGUUUUUUAACCGUUGUUCCAAAAUGUUGACAAUCUUUUCGUUACAUGCCGCUACGUUACGAAACAUCCUUUCGGGCUCCAUAAUUCCGUUAAAUAGAAUAUUCCCUUAAAGGGAAACCGUGCAUGAAACAGAGAGUUUUGUCGUUGCCUAAGCGACUCAUCGCUAGGAUUCAGUUUCAGUUUAUUGCUAGACUAAUUCCAGACUCUUCGCUACAUAUCCGUUCUAUGCAAAUGACAACGGUCCAUGCCACUUUCGUCUUAAUAAACAUUCUUUCAACUUGUUAAAAGAUCAUUUACUUUUUUUUCAACUAAAAUGUUUUUUUUUUGGCGAGGUAUAUUAGCGUGUUGAAAAGAAAAACUUGACUUUAAAAAAACUAAGGUGAUUUUUAAUUUUCGUGCUCUCCAUAUUCAAGAUCCUUUUUCUAACUUUUUUUUUUAUUUGAUGAAAUCCACGCUUAUACUUUCUACUAUAUGACUGAUUUUUUUAAAAAGUGAACAUUGUCAAACGUCGACAUUACAUCAUUGUUUCCACUCAAAAAGCUGUGUGAAACACAAAAAACAAAAACGUUCAUUUGUUAACUCUUAUUUUUUUAAACGCUUAACAGUUGUGUUGCAGUUAUGUUUAAAAAAAAUACCACAAAUCUCUCCCAUAUCUUCUUAUUUACCGCAUUAAUUUCUAGUGACGCCGGAAAAUCUGAAUGAAAGGCUCUACGCACUACCGCAUAACAAUUUACUGGUAGUACCCCUCCCGUCCCUUUGCUUUUUAAAACCACUAUCACACUUACCGAAAACCCUUCAACUUAUAUAUUUAUCGUAUAUAAUAAAAAUAAACGCUGCGUCAAUAAAGGGCUCUUCGCCUACCAAAUUAGGCAAUGUGUCAAGUUAAUUUUAUGGUUUCCUGCCUCCGAUAUAGAAUGCAAAUAAACCUCAGUAACUUUUUCUUUAUUCUACCAAAACACCUAGGACAACUUCUUUUUGUUAGUUUGACAAUCCUUGUAUCUAUUCAUUCGCGGAAGAAAACCCCACCCGUUAACUCUUUUAAAAUUUUCGACACGUGGAUUGCAGAGCCAAAGAAUCACAGUGUGCAGAAAACAAGCAAUUCUAAAAGAUAAAAGAGAACACCUCUUUUCAAAAAUCUAAAUUCUUUUCUGACUCCGAAACAAACUAUUACAUCUAGUUUUGAGCAGUCAUUUUAAAAAAGUUUUUUUAAAGCUUAGUGUUUCCAAUCAAACAAAACGGUGAAUGCUUAGAAACGAUGCUUCCUUUUAUACACACCCCAAGCAACGUAAAGACAUUGUUCAUGUCAUACUA